UCAGUGUUAUCGCGUCCUGUGUCCACGGAGGGAGGACUUCGCAUUAAGGUCCAUGACUCACUCUACGACUCACUCUACUCAGGGAGCUACACAAUAUCACUAGAAGAUGUCCAUAUCGGAUCCUCUGAUCAAAGAACUGAAGGGACAUGUCUUGGAGGCAACAAAAGCAAGCUCAAAUGGAGCUAUUUUGGAUAUUCAUCCAUUUCUUCUUCCACUCUGCCAAGUCUUAGAGUCAAUCUUUCGUAAAGGCUUAAACAACAUUGUCCACUCUGCAUUUGGUAUCACAAGAAGAGAUUACUGGGCAUGGAUAGACAAGACUGCACAAACAUCAGCAGGUCUACAAGGGAACUUCAAGAGAAUUGUGGAGGAGGUGUCCAGCAACCCAAGCGUAAAUACCCCCCAAGGCCGUGGCAGGCUCUUCAUUAGGCAUGCUCUCAAAUCAAAAUGUCUUCAUGUGCCAAUUGAAACCAUUGUACGUAUGAAAUGCAAUGAAGGUAUUUACGAAGAAGAUUCUAUCAUAGGAGAUGAGAUUUUAGGAGAGAUUUUCCUGAGUUUGCUGUAUCAGUGUUCCCACCUCCAUUUUGACCUAAAGUUGGAAAAUGCUUCUUUCCUGGAUGAGACAUGGCAACUUCCCCAGUACCAGGAAUACGAGUUGGUGCCUUGCAUGGACCUGGGAGUCUAUCUUGGUCAUGUGAGUGGAAGGGCCGUUGUGGUCAAGGUGGAGGAUGGAAGCGUGGCAGCAGAAGAUAAUAAAAUUGAAGUGGGGGAUGUUAUAGAUGAAGCAUUUGGCAUAUGCAUUAAUGGGUGGCGAAGGGGGCGUGUCACAGCUCUUUUGCGGCAGAAGAGGGGGCUUCCAGUGACGCUUAAGGUCAUUAAGGGUCACUAUCCUAAUGGAUCUGUCUUCCCUGGGGUCAUUCCGCUCCUCCGUCGCCUCCACCUGGAUGUGGACAGUCUCCAAGAACGAUUUAGGGAAGCUGCGCUCUCUGAGAGUCAGGAGACUUCUUUGACAGGCAGCCACAUAGGGGGUCAAACAGUGCAGUACAUGGGCAGUGUAUCAGUUGGAGGAUGCGGAGAUGUCUCACAAAUAGAACAUGCUGUAAUGGCAGUGUCUAGUCAGAACAGACAGUCAGUUCCUGUCAUCCUCAUAACUGGGGAGAUUGGCGUUCAGACAUUACUGAAGACUAAUCGAAAGAUGGUGUUAAGUCAUAGUUACACUGAAAUAUCAUCAUGUGGUAGGAGAAAUGACAUGCCUGAUUAUUUUGCAUAUAUUGCAGGGGAUACAAGUUGCACCAUAUCAUCACAUUUUACAUGCUAUGUAUUCAAAGCAGUAUCUGUGGACCAGAGUAGAGAUAUUCUUCUAACACUAG